GUAGUCUUGGCAACAGCUGAGAUUAUAUAGCGCACUGGCAAGGCUUCCAUGUUUCCGCAGAAUUGUUGGCACGGCGUUUCGCAGUCGACGUAUGCGCCGUUCCUCAUGGCUUCUCAAGGCAAGGUGUACACGCUGUGCGGUUUUACCGAGGAACUGGACUGGAGACCUUUGCAUUUCCUCGAGCCUGUUCCUGCUCACAGAAUAUGUGACGCGUGUGGCGUGCUGCCCAGAAAGACCGUUUUUCUGCCCUGUCGAGACGUGCUCUGCAUAAGCUGCUACGAACAGUGCUUACUCGACGACGGACACGCCUGUCUACUCGACGGUGACCAAUUUCUUCCAGAGGACGCUGAGUCGAGAGAAUUUCCUUUGGAAUACCUGCUGAGGCGCAAGAUCAAAUGUUGGAAUGAAGAACGCGGCUGCGACGUUGUUUUGCCUGCAUCAGAGUUGAACAAGCAUUUUUGCAAUGACUGUGAGCACCACGCUACGUCGUGCCCUAAAUGUUCAAAGCUGGUGCUGCGUAGUAAUGUGUCCGCGCAUUUACAGAGCAAAUGCCGAGACUAUGCGGGGUCUCUGACGUCCGGUGCUGUAGAAAAGUCACACAUUGACGAAAAAGCAGUGAUGAUGGCUCUGAAUGCAAGCUUAGACGUGCGAGGAGUUGAAAUUAAAGACAGGCUAGACGAAGUAAUUAGUGAUCAUAUUGUCCAAAAUGACCGGCUAAAUGAGAUUUCACAUUGCAUGAACACGGUCAAAGAAGCACUGCUACAAAGGCCAAGCGGAAAUAGUACCUUGGAUCACCUUACUUCACAAUCUACAGUUACGUUAUCUUCAGUCGAGAAAAGAUUGAUUGACCACAGCGAAGAGACACGUGUGCUUGCAGGAACCUUAACGGAUUCAAUAAAAGAGCUGAAGGAAGUGUUGCAGGACACCGCAAGGACAGUCUCCAUAAAUUGCGUAGGAAGUGUUGCUGGUAUUGGUGGAGCGAAGGACCCUGAGAAGAAAGCACAGGGCACAUUGAAUAAAGAACUGGCCUUACACACAAUAAACAUUAAUCGAUAUGAGUUCAUGGCUAAGGGAUACGAAGCAAUGAAAAACAGCGCAAAUGCUCAAGGCUUUCAUCGUUGCACGGAAGAAAAAAUAUACCUAUCUGGUUAUCACGUGUUGCCAGGAGUGUACUUCAGAAAAGAGGGAGAUCAUCUGUUUCUGCAUCCUCGUUUUCAGCUGCACAAGGGAGUGAUCGAUGAAUUUCUUCAGUGGCCUUUCAGUCAGAACAUUCGGGUGACCGUCAAGCAUCCAUCCCAAAGCAAACUGUGCCAGAAGGUGUGGAACACUAACGGUGACCUUCAGUACUUUGGAAGACCCGAAGAUACAGCCAACGAUGGCGGUUACGCCACAUCCACUUCAUUUAGCCUAAAUGAUCUGGAACGUGAAGGGUACGUCACGGAGGACAAGCUUCACGUAGUGUGGGAGCUUCUUCCGAAGCCCGUAGCAGAAUAAAUGAGGAGAAUUUUGCGUAUUUCAUUAAAUACACAUGUCGUUUUAUUUUCUGGAAACAAAUUUCGCUCUUCCAAAUGCCUUCGUUGAAAAGAAAGUAAAGCUUCGUUUUUUUCAAUAAUUUUUCAAUGUGUACUUAUCUACCCGACAUCGCUUUAGUGUGAGUUUAUAAAAUUGCCUUUCAUCUGUGUAUUGUUUCAUUCGGAACUGUUUCUGUGUGGGUGAUUCGCAGUCGGAGAUAAUUAAAAAAAUUUGUCAUGGUUGA